GCAGAGCACUGACCUCACACGCGCUGCGACAAGCCCCGCCCACUGAGCAGCUCACGUGAUCUGUAGGCGGGGUCAAGUCCGGGUUUGUGGGAGUCGGAACCAUGGCGGGCUUGGUUGACUUCCAGGAUGAGGAGCAGGUGAAGUCUUUCCUGGAGAACAUGAAGGUGGAGUGUCACUACCAGUGCUACCGCGAGAAGGACCCGGAUGGUUGCUAUCGGCUGGUGGACUAUCUGGAGGGGAUCCAGAAGAAUUUUGAUGAAGCUGCCAAGGUGCUGAAGUUCAACUGUGAGGACAACGGGCACAGUGACAGCUGCUAUAAACUGGGGGCCUAUUACGUGACUGGAAAAGGUGGCCUGACUCAGGACCUAAAGGCUGCAUCUGCCUGCUUUCUGAAGGCCUGUGAGAAGCCAGGGAAGAAGUCUGUGGAGUCCUGUCACAAUGUUGGGCUCCUGGCACACGAUGGACAGGUCAACGAAGACGGCCAGCCUGACCUGGGGAAGGCCAGGGACUACUACACUAGAGCCUGUGAUGGUGGCUAUGCAGCCAGCUGCUUCAACCUCAGUGCCAUGUUUCUGCAGGGUGCCCCUGGCUUUCCCAAGGACAUGCCUCUGGCGUGUAAAUAUUCAAUGAAGGCCUGUGACCUGGGCCACGUCUGGGCCUGCGCCAAUGCCAGCCGCAUGUAUAAACUGGGGGACGGCGUUGAUAAGGACGAGGCCAAGGCCGAAACGCUGAAAAAUAGGGCCCAGCAGCUCCACAAAGAGCAACAGAAAAACGUCCAACCUUUAACGUUCGGGUAAUGUGUGGCCCACCCUCUCUUCCAAGCAACAGACAGCUUGACACUGACACCAGACCUUGGAGGUCAGUCAGUGCCAUCUGCUCCAGGGUGUCACCUGCUGGGAAUGGCUGCAAGUGUGUGUUUUAGUAAAUAAUCCUUUGUGUGUAUUCUGUGAAGA